CAACAUUUUUUCGGCGACCUCCGCUCGACGUCACUCGCGGUGGUGAUCAAUCACUAUAUACAGUGCAAGAUGAUCAACUGUACCAUAUCUCGAGGGCCGAAGGCAGCCUCUUGCUGCGAUCCGACAUGUUCGAGAGGACUCUACAAGACCUCAUCCGAGGCUUGAGAGCCCAUAAAGCCUCCUCCAAAGCUCAGGAGGAGGCUUUUCUCGCAGAGGCAAUGAAUGAGAUCCGGGACGAGCUCAAGGGGAAGGACAUGGCCCUCAAGGCAGAAGGCAUUUUGAAAGUGUGCUAUCUAAUGAUGCUGUAUCCUAUCCCGCCUCCGGUUGGAUUCGCAUUUCACGUCGUUGAAGUGAUGAGUUCGCCAAGGUUCCAUCUAAAACAGCUUGGAUAUCUUGCAGCUCCCAUGGCUUUCACAGGAGACACUGAGGAGGUCGUGCUGACUGUGAAUGGUAUCAAAAAGGAUCUCAUGUCCUCCCAUCUUGCCCUGCCGCCUUUGCCCCUCACUGCGCUCCCUCAUUUGCUAGCUUUCUCUCCAUCAUUGUCCCACACCCUCCAUCCCGAUCUGCUGCAUCUCCUCACACAUUCAUCACCGAGAGUUCGGAAACGAGCUGUACUCUGUUUACUACCUUGCUGGGAGGCAUUCCCCGAAGGUUUGCGUGAGGGAUUCCCGAGACUGAGAGAGAGGCUGUCGGACGAUGACUCUGGUGUUGUCGGAGCCGCCGUUGGGGUCGUCAUGGAGCUUGCUAGGCGGCAGGGCGGUAAGAAUUACCUGCCCUUGGCUCCUGAGCUGUUCGGGAUCUUAACGGGCAGCAGUAACAAUUGGAUUCUCAUCAAAGUCGUCAAAUUGUUCGCCAUCCUUACACCUCUGGAGCCUCGACUUGUUCGCAAACUUUUGCCUCCAAUCACAUCCCUCAUCUCGUCUACAUCUGCCAUCUCCUUGCUGUACGAAUGUGUUCGAACAUGUAUCGUUGGGGGGAUGUUGGAUCCAGACAGAGCCGAAGCUGAACCACUGGCUCGAGUCUGUGUCGAGAAGCUCGGAGGGUAUCUGCGGGAUGAAGGAGGGGAUCAGAAUCUCCGCUAUAUCGCCCUCCUGGCCAUGGUCAAAAUCAUACCGACCCAUCCGCACAUGAUCGUCGAGUAUCAAGAUGAGAUUCUACAGAGCCUGGACGAUCCCGAUAUUUCAAUCCGCAUGAGAGCCCUAGAAUUGGUCUCCUCAAUGGUGGACCGAGAAAAUAUUCGGUCGAUAGUGGAUCGCCUUCUUGCUCAUCUCGCUCCUUCCGGGGCCACUGAAGGCUUGCCGACCGCUGCAGCAACCCUCGCUGCAUUCGCGGGUCCGUCAUUCGCGUCAUCAUCACAGGACCCGUCCGCGACCUCAGCCCGUAUUACUCUUUCCCCCGCCUAUCGGCUUUUACUGGCCCAGCGACUUCUGGGAAUCAUCGCACAUGACACUUAUGCGAAUGUGACCGAUUUCGAGUGGGCUGUAUCCGUCCUUGUGGACGUAGCCUUUGUGAGCCGCGUAGGUGUCGGCGCGGACGUGCGCGAUCUGCUGUUUGACAUCGUUGGACGAGUCAAGAGUGUCCGCCCUUUUGCUGUCAGCGCUCUUGAGCGGUGCCUGAAUGAUGAUCGGCUUUCUGAAUUGAGCGUGGGAGAUGAGGCUGAGGCGGGACUGCUGGAGGCGUCAAUCUGGAUCUGCGGCGAGUAUUCAAGCUUCUUGUCCUCACCGCUCACAGUGAUCUCCUCCAUCCUCCUCCACGUCUCGCAUAUUGCACCAUCUUCCCUCGUCUCCAUCAUCGUCCAAUCCGUCGCCAAAAUCUUUGCCUCGUAUUGCGUUGCCGCGUCAUCAAGCUGGUCUGCAAGCACAAGCUCCGAAACCCGCAGUCUAUCAUUGUCUAUACGCAGCGGUGUAGAGUCGUUGCACAGUCAUUCUGGUAACGAAGUUCAAGAACGAGCCAUCGAGCUCUCGCAUCUGCUCGACUUCAUCGAUGCGGACCUUGCUUCUUAUCGCCCUCCGGCCACAAGUACGAAAAGCGAAAUUCCAGGAGUCUCCGGCGGUUUCGACACCAGUUCCUCAGAUCAGCCAACCUACCCCAAAUCCUUGUUCCUUUUAUCUCCCCUCUACUCAUCCCACGAGCUCAAUGCAGUAGCUGUUGAAGCUCAAGCUUUCAUCUCGCCGCCAGAAGGACUAAAUAUUGACCUGGAUAUCGUGCCAGGAGGUGGCUUCCCGACAGACUUAGAGUCAUACGAUAUGGACGAAGAGAGUGAAGAGGAACGAUCGACAGUUGAUCUGGGUGAAGGAGGCAGCAAAGGUAUGGAGGAUCUGCGCAAGAUCAUCCGACAGCAAGAGCUUGAAGAUCAGCAAAGGCGGAAAGGGCAGAAGCUCAAAGGGAAGGGAAAGAAGUCUGACAGUGCGGUCCUUACGGCGGAGGAGAAAGCCGAGAAGGCCAAGCGGAAAGCUGCUCGAAAGGCCAAAGCGAAAGAUGACCCAUAUUAUCUCCAUGAUGAAAGGGACGACAAGGACGACAAGGACGACAAUGAUGACGACAUUGAUGAGAUACCGAUUGUCCAUUUAGAUGAUACAGAGAUGGGCACAACAGGUCAGUUGGAAUGAGUUGAGUUUGCUGCUAUGGGCUGAUAUAACCGCACACCAUGCAGAUCAAUCCAUUCCACAUCUU